AUGGCACCCACAAACUCAGAACGCCUUGAUGAACUAUCAGAAAAGGUCGAUACCAUCCUCAACCAACUCGCCAUACUCACCACCACCCCAUCUCCACCAUCACCACCACCUCCACCACCACCAAAUCCACCCCCUCCUCAUAUGAAACUAGAUGUACCCAGAUUUGAUGGCUCUGAUGCAAUGGGCUGGAUAUUCAAAAUAAACCAGUUUUUUGACUACCAUCAGACCUCUGAGGAAGAUAGACUCACCGUUGCUUCCUUCUACAUGGAAGGUCAAGCACUGAGCUGGUACCAAUGGAUGCAUAGGAACCAACAAAUCACUUCUUGGUAUGGUUUGUUGCAAGCCCUUGAAACCCGUUUUGCCCCAUCCUACUAUGACGACCCAUCCAGUGCUCUGUUCAAACUCACUCAACGUUCUUCUGUCAACCAAUCUCUCCAUGAGGUUGAACGCCUUGCAAAUCGCAUCGUCGGACUCCCACAACCGUUCCUCUUGAGCUGUUUUAUCUCCGGUCUCACGCCGGAUAUCCGCCGUGAAGUUCAGGCUCUCCGACCGAUGAACCUUUCUCAGGCCACCGCCCUUGCAAAACUCCAGGAAGACAAACUCACAGACCGCCGGCACCACUUUAAGGGUAAGCUCCACAACCCCUCACCUCUUUCUGUGGUUCCUUCCUCUUCAACCUUACCACCGCUACUCCCUGCUCCAACCCCUUCACGUGUCAAUUUUCGCAAACUCUCGACGGAGGAGAUGGCCUCUCGUCGUGAAAAGGGACUAUGUUAUAACUGUGAUGAAACCUUCACCCCACAACACAAGUGCAAAGGCCGAUUCUUCCUCCUCAUUUCCGAUGACGGUUUCGACACCGACCCACCUACACAAACUGACACUACUACCAAUGACCAAGAUAUUAACCCAACCACCAUUAUCCCUGAACCACCAGACCAAGAGGCUCACAUAAGCUUUCACGCCCUUUCUGGCGGUACCGACCCAGCCACCAUUCGAAUACGAGGCCACAUCUCAAACCACCCAGUUACAGUCCUUAUCGAUGGCGGUAGUACUCACAAUUUUGUGCAAACUCGUAUAGCAAAAUUUUUAGAGUUGCCUUCACAUCCAACAAAUACCCUUAAAGUCAUGGUUGGUAAUGGUAGCAUACUGGAAUGUCAUAGUUUAUGUUCAUCCAUUCCCAUCUCAUUACAAACACAGACCUUCAAUAUUGAUUUUUACUCCUUACCACUUUGUGGAGCUGACGUGGUGUUAGGAGCCCCUUGGCUGAGAUCUAUCAGUCCAGUCCUCAUGGAUUAUACCUCCCUCACACUUUCCUACACCUCAAAUAACCAAACAGUUACCCUCACAGGAAUCAAACCAACUGUGCCCAACGCAAUCUCAGCCCAACAACUCAAAAGAUGUGUCCAAACCCAUUCAGCUUCUGAACUAUUCCAUAUCCAAGCUGUAACCCGACCUGCGACCCAAAACUCACCCGACCCACACCCAAUCUCACCAAUCCAAAACCUACUCCAUCGUUUCCAGACAGUUUUCACUGAACCCACCAACUUACCUCCAUCACGACCCUCAGACCACCGCAUCACCACACUCCCCAACUCAAAACCAAUCAAUGUCCGCCCAUACCGCUACCCAUAUUUCCAGAAAAACGAAAUAGAACGACAAAUUCAAACCAUGUUGGCCGCCCACAUCAUCCGACCAAGCCAUAGUUCCUUCUCCUCACCGGUGCUGCUCGUAAAAAAGAAAGACGGUACAUGGCGUUUCUGCGUCGAUUACCGUGCACUCAACAACAUCACCAUCCGCGACAGAUUCCCCAUGCCCACCAUCGACGAGUUACUCGACGAACUUGGCGGAGCUUCAUGGUUCUCCAAACUAGACCUCAGACAAGGCUUUCACCAGAUCCGGAUGCAUGAGGAAGACAUCCCAAAUACAGCAUUCCGCACCCACCAAGGGCACUAUGAAUUUCGAGUCAUGCCUUUCGGCCUCAGCAACGCACCAUCCACUUUCCAAGGCACCAUGAAUGACCUGUUCCGUCCCUUCCUCCGCCGCUUUGUCAUCGUCUUCUUCGACGAUAUACUAGUCUACAGCACAUCCUUAAAGGAGCAUCUUCAGCAUUUGGAACAAGUAUUCCAGACCUUAGUAAAUGGCAAUUUCUUCUUGAAACUUUCUAAAUGCCUAUUUGCUCAGAGACAACUUGAAUACUUGGGUCACAUGGUCUCCACUGAUGGCGUUUUCCCAGAACCUUCCAAAAUCCAAUCAAUACUCAACUGGCCCCUCCCCAAGUCAGUCACUGAAUUAAGAGGAUUCCUUGGGUUAACUGGAUUCUACAGAAAAUUCGUCAAAGGUUACGCAUCCAUAGCACUACCCUUAACCAAUCUACUUCGUAAGGACUCAUUUAUCUGGUCCGACGAAGCUACUGCUGCUUUCCAAGCCCUCCAGAAAGCGAUGACCCAGACUCCGACCUUAGCCUUACCAAACUUCUCCAAACCAUUUGUCUUGGAAACAGACGCAUCCGGCCUGGCCAUGGGCGCCGUACUGAUGCAAGAUUCUCACCCUAUCGCCUUCUUCAGCAAACCCUUUUGCCCUCGCUUACGACGGUCUUCCACUUACAUCAGAGAACUCCAUGCCAUCACCACCGCCGUAAAGAAAUGGCGCCAAUACUUACUUGGCCACCCCUUUGUGAUUUUUACCGAUCACCAAAGCCUCAAAGAGUUAUUAACCCAAGUCAUCCAAACACCAGAGCAGCAACUCUACUUGUCAAAACUGAUGGGAUAUGAUUACUCAAUUCAAUACAAGUCCGGUAAAACUAACGUCGUAGCCGAUGCACUCUCCCGCCAUCCAGAGACAACCUCAGAGGAAUACCAUGCUUCCCCCUUGGGCGGCCAUAUGGGUAUCACUAAGACGCUUGCGAGAGUACAAACCAAUUUCUGGUGGGAGGACAUGCGUAAUGAUGUCAAGACAUUCAUUACUGAGUGCUUAAUUUGCCAACAGAUGAAAUAUGAAACUAGAAAAACCCCUGGCCUUCUCCAACCCCUACCCAUCCCAAAUGCCAUUUGGGAAGACUUAUCACUAGAUUUCAUCACCGGCUUACCACCGUCCAAUACCCACACUGCCAUCUUAGUUGUCGUUGAUCGCUUCUCCAAGGGCGUCCACUUAGCCCCCCUUGCACCCAACUUUACUGCUCACCGGGUUGCCACUAUCUUUUUUAACAACAUUUGCAAAUUACAUGGCAUUCCCCGCAGUCUUGUCUCCGACAGGGACCCAAUUUUUCUCAGCAAAUUCUGGCGUGACCUGUUCUCUCUAUGCGGUACUAAGCUACGCAUGAGCACCUCCUAUCAUCCCGAAUCUGAUGGUCAAACAGAGGUGUACAACCGCGUCUUGGAACAAUACUUACGCUCAUUUGUCCACUCCAAACCAUCCCAAUGGUCGAAAUUUCUCUCCUUGGCAGAAUGGUCCUAUAAUACUUCAGUGCAUUCCUCAACUGGGUUCUCUCCCUUCCAAAUUACCUUUGGCAGAGAACCACCUUCUAUUCCUAGGUACCUUCAGGGAUCAUCUACAAUUGAAGCUGUAGAUUCCAUGCUGGACAACCGACAACAACUCAUUGAGAAACUGCGCCGCAAUCUGCUGAAGGCACAAGAUAAGAUGAAACACUUUGCUGACAAGAAACGCAGGGAAGUUGAAUUUAUUCCAGAACAGUGGGUUUAUGUCCGCCUCCGCCCUUAUCGUCAGAAGAGUCUCUCAGAUGCUGCCUACACAAAGUUAUCCAAACGCUUUUAUGGACCCUUCCGCAUCACGGAACGCAUUGGAAAGGUUGCCUACCGUCUUGAAUUACCACCACAAUCCAGAAUUCACCCCGUCUUCCAUUGUUCUCUCCUCAAACCACAUCAUGGACCUGUCACAUACUCCAAUGACCUGCCACCUUCUGCUAUUGAGAACCACCCCUUGGUUGAACCGCUUGCACUAAUUAAUCAAAAGCUGGACACUACUACCGAUCCACCUACUCCUAUGGUCUUGGUUCAAUGGAAAGGGCUCGCCCCUGAGGAUACUAGCUGGGAGGAUUGGAACAUGCUUCAACAGAAAUAUCACCUUGAGGACAAGGUGAUUUUUCCAGACCCAGGUGAUGUUAGCCAAAGCCCAACUCCAACUGCAGCCCAACUGAACACUAAGCCCAAAAGACUCAUCAAGAAGCCAGCUCACCUCAAGGACUAUGUGUGA